AUGGCGUGGGUUGCGUGGGAGAAGAUAGCAAAACCAAAGCCCGCCGGAGGGCUGGGAAUGCGAGACUGCCAAAGCUUCAAUGAUGCACUGUUAGCCAAGAUAGGAUGGAGACUGUUGAAUAAUCCUAACUGCCUGCUGGGAAAGUUUCUAAAGGGCAAGUACUUUGCUGACUGCUCCAUCUUACAAGCCACAGAAGCAUCGGUUAUGUCUCACGGCUGGCGUAGCGUUUUGAUAGGGCGUGAUCUUCUGCUAAAAAAAAUGGGAUGGACUGUGGGGGAUGGAGUGUCCAUUAAUAUUUGGCAGGAUCCCUAG